AAUCACGCACCUCAAGCAGAUGUCACGUUAAUUUCUUAUUCUAUUUUAUUGUAAUAACCCGUUAAAUUAGACUUUUGCAAUAAUUUAAACUUAGUGUUUGAAUAUUAGAUAAGUUUCAGUGUUUUUCGUGUUCAGUGCAUGAAAUUAUAGUGAAAUGUCGAACGACAAAGAGGCCGUGGACGGUGAAUCGUCGGCAGCGACCGAACAAACUCUUGAAAAACGCAUAGGCUGCGCUCAUUACAAGCGACGAGCGAAAUUCGUGACGCCAUGCUGCAACAAGCUGUACAUGUGCCGCUACUGCCACGACGAGAACGAGCAACACUACUUCAACCGAAAAAGCGUCACCGAGCUGAUAUGUACAGAAUGCGACACCCGGCAGGCGGUGCAGGCGGAGUGCGUCAGCUGUGGCGUGCGCUUCGGGAAGUACACAUGCCUCAUCUGCAACCUGUUCGACGACGAAGACAAGCGCCAGUACCACUGUGAGGGCUGCGGCAUCUGCCGCGUCGGUCGACGCGAACGGUUAUUUUACUGCGAGCGGUGCAACAUAUGCCUGCCUAUGCAGCUACAGAGAGUGGGACAUAGGUGCGUAGAGAACGUGUCCCGCUCCAACUGCCCCGUGUGUCUCGAGGACAUCCACACGUCCCGUAUCCCGUGCCACAUCCCCGACUGCGGACACCUGCUGCACCGGCCCUGCUUCGAGCAGCUCCUACACUCGGGACACUACGCCUGCCCCACGUGCCAGACCAGCAUGAUUGACAUGACCAACUUAUGGAGUUACCUGGACUCGGAGGUGGCGGCGACGCCCAUGCCGGCCGAGUACGCGGACUACAAGGCCACUAUACUCUGUAAGGAUUGCCAUAAGUUAUCGACGGUGAAAUUUCACGUGGUGGGGCUAAAGUGUCAACACUGCGGUGCCUACAACACGUGUCAGACCAACGGCUUCCACAAGGAAUCAACGAGCGCGGAGUCAGGCGACUCAUCCAGCUCGUCAAGCCGGAGCUCCUCGGGCUCCUCCUCCCUCCCCGCCCCCUCGGGCGGCGCCGCCCCCCGCCCCGCCCCCUCGGGCUCCGGCCCGCCCCCGCCCGCGCCCCCGCCACGGCCCCCGCACGAGGGCGCCGAGCUGCCCCGCGCCAACCCCCUCGACGAGCCCCCGCAGGCCUGACCACACCAUACACGUGUAGAUUAAGGUAUAUUUCAAUUUGUGAUUCGAUUCCAUCUAAUGUAACGUUGUUACCGUUCAAAUUAUACAGUUCUUCAACGUCAAACCCUCGAGUCCCGGUCGUAGUCGACACCGAAAACUUCCAGGUCCCGGGGAAUUCUGACUUCACAAAUUUUAUAUGAAAGCGAUAUCGCGUCCGUAGACUUAGUUGACUUUUCUGCCAGUAACACUUAUUAAAUUCGAUCAAAUAUAACCUUUUUGACAUUCCGAUUUCUUCAACAUAUACAGGGUGUUUCUCACAAUGGAGCUUUAAAUUCAGGGCUCGAUUCUAUUCCCUAAACCGAGCUACUUUUAUUAUGGGACCAACACCGAAAUCGCGAAAAAAAAUUGGCUUUUUCAUACAUCGAGCCCAGAAUUUAAAGCCCCUGGUCAGAGACACACUGUAUUGAACUUGACCGAAAAAAGAACGUAAGUUAUUUGUAACCUAGUUUUAUGACAUUGUAUAAUUCAUUCGUUAUAAAACCUGAAUAACAUUUUUUUACCUUCUUUUUCAAAUCCACUUAUUGUACCAUCAGCCGUAAAAAUGAGUGGCAACAUUAUCAAUGAAUUAAUUCAUAAUUUCUCCAUGCAAUUUCGCAACUCACUUUACACUCAUUAAACAAAAUGACAUAUUAGUAGCAUGGAAUCUGCAAUAUAAACUUGAGUAACGACAUCCGACAAAAUACUGUGAUGGAAUAGAUUAACAUUUCGCUGCCCCAAUAUUACAGGGUUCUAUGUUUCACUUUUAUACAACUGAAAUUUGAACUUUAUUAUAGUGACAUUAAGUCGAAUUUCAACUGUCUUGAAAAUGUAACAUAGAACCCUGGAAUAUUGGGGCAGCGAUUUCUACACCAAAUAAAAGUGGCGAUAGUUUAACAACUAGUUGUACGAUUAAGAUUAAUAAAUCCAUCCACCAUGAUUAAUGCCACAAAUUGUUCAAAUAUAAUGACGAAUUUAUUAUUAUUUUAUUAAUAAAUAAAAAAACCGUGUAAAGCAAUGAAAUUUUUACAAAACAACUGUAUCGAAUAAUCUUUAGGUAUUCAUAAUAACCUUGUUAUCGCUAUUGCUCAAAUUUUAGUAAAAAAUUUAACCUCUUUCAAAGCAAUACAUAGCUAGAAUUUCAAUUGAUAUGUUUUGAAAGCGGGAAAUAAUUGAUUCCAUUAGAAAAAUCUUGCGUAUUUAUCACUAAGGUGUUUUCGGGUAAAGCUGAAAUACUUCAGAGUGUUAGGCAUCCCUAAGUCCAGGACUUAAGUUUUAUUAUUGAAUUUGGAACCUCAAAAAAAAAAGUUACAAUUAAAUUUUUAAAUAAAGCCUUAAGAAACUUAUCAUGUGUUUUGACGCUUUUUACACAUGUGAUAUGGCACGAAUGUUUAGAUUCACGUCUCUACCUAUUGAGACCAUCAAAAUUAAAUGCUAUAAAAGCGUUUUAAAGGUACUACCUUUUCUGUUAAUCUGUGUGAGAUCUUGUAUGCACACUUUUACUAUGGACCACAGAUAUACCAACUUUUGUUUUAAAAUUGUUUAUGACCUUAUUGUACUAACAAUGGAAUCAGUGCCAAUAUACCGUUGCAUAGGCUUAGUAAAUUAAAUUUAUUUGGCUUUAUAAUUUCGAUACCUUAUAUAUAUUGUGAUUAAUUAGACUAGCGUGUAAGAUUUAGUUAUUUUUUUACGAAAUCCAGUAGCUUAUGAAAUGCUAAAAAUAACCAAAAAUGUAUAAAGCACACAUUUAACAGUGACCGUCCAAUCAAAAAGGGGCUUUACGGGUGUAGAAUCACGAUUGGAAAUAUCAUGAAUAAAUUAAGAAUUGCAUUGCUGUUUACUAACAUUUUUUUUGUGAUUAUCUCCGUUUUCUCAGUACACUAUUGAUUGAAAUAGAACGACGAGAGAAAACCCUCAGAUAAUAAGCAAAUAUAAAAAGCCUAGAUUGAGGGCGGAGAUUUUUUUACAAUGAUUUUCUAUUAGGCAACUAUAUAUUUAAGAAUGCGUAGCAGCUGUUUGUAGUGCAUAAAUUAUAAUGCGUUGCUGCAGGCCUGCACCAUCUAGUGCAAGGUAUUAUCCAUCAUAUUUAAUUUAUCUAUCCUUUAAUUCAAUUAGAAUUAACAAGAUAAAUAAUUUCUGAUUGAAACAAUAACGUAAGUUAAAAUUGGAUCUUGCGAUGAAAAAAAUUCCCACUAGAUCCAUUUAUCAUUUCAACUGGAUCUAUUACUAAAAAAAGUUCUCAUUAGAUCCAUCGGCCCGAAGUUGGAUCUAACGAAUAAAAAAUUCUCACUAGAUCCAUCUUGGAUCUAUCGAGAAUGAAGGCAAUAAUGAAAUUUUGCCAAAAACUUAUUUAACAUUUCGAUUGUUCAUGAAAUAAAACUAUGAAAACGGAUUAUAUCGCGUAUAUUGAAUUUAUAAUACAUCCCGACGUUUCGAACUCUUUACAGCGUUCGUGGUCAACGGGUGACUGAGGAAAAAUUACAAAAUGCAAAAAUACCCACAUACUAAAAUAAUGAACAAUCAUAGACUACAAACUUUAAGGCUGGUUGUACAUGCAAAA